GGCGGGAGCGCGCGCGCGCGGCGGCCACGCGCUGGGCCUGACCGUUGUCGCCUUAGUCAGCUGGGUGGCGGCCUAGACGGUAUCGGGGAGGGAGGAAGAGGCCCCAUCCCGGUCCUAUCCUGUCACGUCCAAUUUCCUGGACCCCGUCGUGGGGGCGGGGACAACGGCUGGAGUAAACUCGGUUUCCCGCCCCUCGGCGAGGCGGUUAUCGCGGGAGAGUCCAUUCACUGUAGGGGGAGGGGAGAGCUCCCGAGAACGACUCAUUGUGUGGAGCCGGGGGGAGGAGAGUCCUGGGAAGAGAGGGACCCCGGAAGAGACCACUGUGCGUGGGUGGUGGUGGUGGAUGUGGGGAGAGGGAUCUUUGAACUAGUCCCAGCCAGCUAAGGACUUAGGGCUCUAAUACUAGAAAGAAACGAUCCGGGGCCUAGACGGCCAGAAAGCCAAAGGAACCUCGAGAAAGUCCAAACGGAGAGUGGCAGAAUUAGUGGGUAGCGGGGAGGAGGCUGGCUAAAGCUGGGUUAUACGGUGAGAAAGAAUGGCUCCGCGGGACGAACAGGGGGCGGGGCUUGUGCUCUAAUUCGUCUCAGGAUAGGCCGGUUUUACGGGAGGGGGCGGGGCUCCCUUCUUUCCCUCCGCCCCACCUCCACCUCCCUAGUCCCCUGCCAGGCCUGCACUUAAUUCGGGGGUGGGCUUUGGGAUCCCGGAGCUGUUCCGUUCAAGCGGACCGGGUCUAGGACCCAGACCGUCGUUUCUGUGAUUAAGCAGGGGGGCCUGAAGGGGCUGAGAUUGUACAAAAAUCACGGGCUGGGUGCAGCUAAGGUUUCUGCAGUCCUGUUGGGCGCUAAGCCUGGGCUAACCCGACAGGCGAGGUGGACUGUGUGGUGUGGGGUUCUCAACUCAUUUCUUUGACCAGCCUGCCCGUCGGUCCGUGUGUACCCUGGUAGAGCUGAUCCAAGACCAGUCUCAAGUGUCGAACUCCCUCAACUUUGGAUCCCGUAUCUUCUGGCCCCGAAGGCAUCCCAGUGCCUCCUUGGGGGUCGGGGGCCGUCGAGGACAAGUGGUCUUUCGUCCCAUAUCCUCCGAUCCCUGGGCGCCACAUUCAGCGCGUCCUAGCGUGUGAACCCCGCGGCCCUCCAGGUGGGGAGGCGGGGGCCGAUUGUUGCGGGCGGCGACGGGGCUGACAUUCGGCCUCCACAGGCUCCCUCCCUCUUUCCCUCCCUCCUCAAACUCUCCGGAAGCGGCAAGUGCUUUGGGAGGGGGGAGGGGGGUAAAGCAGCUGCGAGGAGUUGGAGAGCCCAGGCCGUCACCGCUGCUCUUUGCGGGCAGGAUUAGGCUGGCGGGGACGGAGACCUGGCUCCGAAUCCCCCUACUCACGGCUUGGAGAAGCCUGACCUUUACCGGUAGCAGCCGCUGGCAGGACAGACUGACAGUGUUCUGGGACUCGAAGGGAAGCAGCGAAGCCCCAGGACUUUGAGGCGUGCCCGAAGCUAGCAGGGGAUCUUCUGCGGGCUUCGGGUACGAGGAUCCCCAGGCUUUUACCCUCUUGCCCUCUUCCUGCCCAGCUUGGGGCUGCGGAGGUGGCUUGGGAGGCUGAGAGCAGGAGCAGAAACGUGGGCUGAGGGCCGGGCUAGGCCGAAUGCUGAAGGAGAGGGUGUUCUGGCUUCCCUUACUGGCCGCAUAGCCCUCAGUCAUGGAUGUGACCCCCCGCCUGGCAGUUUGGCUUUUGUGGGUACUCCUCCUGCACCAUGGCCAAGGAGAGAAGCCUCCAGGAGCCAGCCCUGAGGAAUCAGCAGUGGCAGAAUUCUGCAGGAUUGACAAGCCCUUGUGCCACGAUGAGGAUGAGCAGCUCAGCUUUGAGGCCAUCCGAAACAUCCACAAGCAGAUGGAUGAUGACGCCAACGGAAACGUGGAUGUGGAAGAGAGUGAUGAGGAUUCACUCAGUGCAGUUACCAUGUCACUUCCAAAGGAGGCCCCAGGAUCCUUCUUGUCAACAUUUUUGAGGGAAGAUCUCAACUACCAUGACCCAACAGUGAAACACAGCACAUUUCAUGGGGAGGAUAAGCUCAUCAGUGUGGAGGACCUAUGGAAGGCAUGGAAGGCCUCAGAAGUAUACAACUGGACCGUGGAUGAGGUGGUACAGUGGCUGAUCACAUAUGUGGAGUUACCACAGUAUGAGGAAACCUUCCGGAGACUGCAGCUCAGUGGCCAUGCAAUGCCAAGGUUAGCGAUUACCAAUGCAACUAUGACAGGUACUGUUCUUAAGAUGACUGACUGGAGUCACAGACAAAAGCUACAGCUGAAAGCCCUAGACACAGUGUUGUUUGGGCCCCCUCUCUUGACUCGCCAUAACCAUUUGAAAGACUUCAUGCUAGUUGUAUCCAUUGUCAUUGGAGUGGGUGGAUGUUGGUUUGCUUACAUUCAGAACCGAUAUUCGAAGGAACAUAUGAAGAAAAUGAUGAAAGACCUGGAAGGGCUACACAGAGCUGAGCAAAGCCUUCAUGACCUCCAAGAGAGGCUACAGAAGGCCCAGGAAGAACAUCGGACAGUAGAGGUAGAAAAGGUACACCUGGAGAAAAAAUUACAAGAUGAAAUCAGCAUUGCUAAACAGGAGGCACAUCGGCUUCGGGAACUACGUGAGGGCACCGAGAAUGAGCUCAGCCGCCAGAAAUAUGCAGAGCAAGAACUGGAGCAGGUCCGAAUGGCGUUGAAGAAUGCUGAGAAGGAGCUGGAGUCCCACAGUUCCUGGUAUGCCCCAGAGGCCUUGCAGAAGUGGCUGCAACUGACUCAUGAGGUGGAGGUGCAGUACUAUAACAUCAAGAAACAGAAUGCCGAGAAGCAACUACUGGUGGCCAAGGAAGGGGCAGAGAAGAUUAAAAAGAAGAGAAACACCCUGUUUGGAACCUUCCAUGUGGCCCACAGCUCUUCCCUGGAUGAUGUGGAUCACAAAAUCUUAACAGCCAAGCAAGCUCUGAGUGAAGUGACAGCAGCACUGAGGGAGCGCCUGCACCGAUGGCAACAGAUUGAGAUCCUCUGUGGUUUUCAAAUUGUCAACAACCCUGGAAUUCACACGCUAGUGACAGCCCUCAACAUCGAUCCCAGCUGGAUGGGCAGCACCCGCCCCAACCCCUCCCACUUUAUCAUGACUGAUGAUGUGGAUGACAUGGAUGAGGAAAUCGUUUCACCAGUGUCCAUUCAAUCUCCCAGCCUGCACAGCAGCGUCCGACAGCGUCUGGUGGAACCACAGCACAUCCUAGGAUCACAGAGGUUGGUAGAGAAUGAGGGCAGCCAUUACCUACCAGGCCGUGUGUCUCUGCGGCGAAUGCGCAGCCUCUCCUCUGGACAGUCUUUCAGUUCCGACGUUCACGGGACCAGCCCUCCAUCAGCCGUCACCUCUUCCUGCUCUUCCUCCUCUUCUACUGCCUCCACCUCUGCUCCUACUUUUCAUGUCCACCCUGUCUAUUAUCACCACAGCACUGCUUACUUCCUCCAGAUGGAUCCCUACCCUGACCCGCCCCCUCCCGAUGCCCAGUCUGGGAUGUCCUAUCGAUCCGACAGCUUGGGGGACUUGACCCAUUCCGAUUCGGAGUCCUCCCUCCACACGAGUGACCGCCCUCGAUUUAACCAACUGGCUGCCAAGCCCCAACAGCUGACCCGAGCCAUGGAUGAAGCCCUGUAUGCCCCAACCUCCAAUGGCAGCCACCGACUGGCAGAGGCAGCCCUGGGGGGAACUCUAGCAGAUAAACUGCCUGAGAGUCCCGCCCUGGUCAAGAAAGCACUGUACCUGCAGAAUCAUGGUCUAGAAAAGGCCUAUAGUGUUGGGGAGCUGGGCCCUAUAGGGCUAGGGGGAGUAGGGCCCCUACAUUCAGAUUCCUCACGUUCUCACAGUCCCAGCUCCCCUGAGCCAGACACGCCAUCACCUGUGGGGGAUAGCCGGGCUCACCAUGGCCGCAACACUCGAAUCCCCCAACUGGCAGGCAAGAAGCAUGCUGGUGAGGAGGACAGUGGCUCCACGGGUGAAGAGACAGACUCAGGCCAGGGCAAGAAGAAGUUCCCACUCAAAAUCUUCAAGAAGCCCAAGAAGUAGCUGGACCAGGGCUGGCUUUGGUGGGAAGAAACCUCUAACCUCCCUCUCCUUCAAGGGACCCACCCAUGGCCUGGACCGGGGAAGGUGGGGGUCUUGAGGACCUGGGGUACUAUUAAUACCUGGCUCAUUCUCUCUGUACCCCUCCCUUCCCCCUAUGAAAGAGGGGCCCUUCCACCUUAUUUAUUUACUGACCACCACCUGCCCUAUUUGGACCUCCAUAAGCUGUUCCUGCUCUAGCAUUUUCAUUCCCUGGCUCCAUCCCUGCUUCACAGUGCAUGACUUAUCCCUGCAUCCACCAUCUCAGUCCAGCCCACCCACCUUUGCAGGAGACCCUCAGUUCUGGUCUCCCUGUUUAUUGGGUUUUUAGAAGUCUGUCUUGGUCUUUCCCUUUGCUCCCUGUUCUUCCCAUUGCCACCAAACCCCUAGCAAUUAGGGUGAGGGAAAAAGAUGCCUGAUCCAAGGCCCAAGCUCCCACUGACCUCAGCAAUGCUGGAUAGAGCAGGCAGGGCAGGGCAGGGCAGGAAUGAGGCCAGAGCUCUGUGGUUGGGGGAAGCUUUGAUUUUGUUUGUUUCUUUUGGGAAGAGGGAGAGCCUAGGGCUAACCCUGGCCCUAGUCUUAGUCUGGCUUUGGGGGUGGGGAUAGGUAGGAUAGCAGUGAGGUAGAGCUAGCCCUAGAGAUCAGGUCUUCAGGGCUAGAUCAGGAGCUAUUUUAGGGGUGGGCAGCCAUGGUGCUCCCCCUCCUAGGGCCAAGACUCUAGGCCACACUGCCCAAUGGCCUAAUGACUGCCUCCUAUCCUGCCUGUUCUGUAGGAGGGAGGGGGGGAAGAGAGGAUACCCAUAUUCCUCAUCCUCUCCUCUCCACAACCUCAGAUAUUUAGCCUAGUCCAGGUACCAAGGUUGGAGUCUCAGUGAUCCCUAAGCACCCUUUUAGUAUUCUUGAUCCCUUUUGUGCCAGGGACCUAGGCUAGAUAGGGGCUGACAGGGACUCUCACAUAUGAGUAUGGCCUGUAACAGGACUAUGGGGGAAGGGGAUGGGUUUGGGAGGGACUCUGGGAAAAGAUGUUGUUGCUUUUGAACCAAAAAAUUUUUUUUGAAUUUCCUGAAUUUCCAAAGUGCCUGCAGCCAUCCCCUCCUCUCCACUUCUCCAGUGCAUGGUCCUUGGGCUUCCCUAGACUCUCUAGGCUCUGAGCCCAAUCCUACUGUGCAGGCUUAAGGUCUGUCUCCUGUUCUAACUCCAGCCAGACCUGGGGGAGGAGGCAGCUUAUAAGGAUAAAGAAAGGAAGGGAAUAGAAACACCCUGUGUGUGUCCCACUUCCUCCUUCAGGCAGCACCCCCUCCCCCAGCUCUCUGUAGGAGCUGUGAAUAAUAGCCCCCAAUUUUGCCUGUCUCUCUAGAGACCCCCAUCCCAGGGCCAUGGGGGCAGGGCAGCUGGGUGCUGCAGGCCACAGUAGGCUGACCCCCCCAACCCUCAUCCCUAUCCCAAUGGAUUUUUCUGUUAUUUCAUAAGACUGAAGUCUAAUAAAGCAUGUAGGAGAUUUUA